UUCCCGAAGAUCAACCACUGGUGAAGGUUCCAUGCUUGCUGAUGGUCAUCCUUUGUGAAGAUUCAGCUUCUGGAUCUUCUCUCUACACUUAACCAGUUAGAAGCAGUUCAGUUGAACUUGAGCCCAAGACCCUGCUCCAUCCAGGUAUCAUCAUGCGCUUUAACGCAACUCUCCAGGUUCCUCUGGCGGAUGGGAUGCAGUCUCUUCAGGCUCAGGACUCUGUGCUACCCACCACCUUGGACAUGAACAUUACAAACAUCAGCACCCAACAUAUCAUGGCUGAGGGUGACUUAGAUGUUAACACAGACAUCUACUCCAAGAUCCUGGUGACUAUCAUAUACCUAUUCCUCUUUGUAGUUGGCUGCACUGGCAACACUGUUACUGCCUAUACUCUGGUGAGGAAGAAGUCCUUGCAGAACCUGCAGAGCACUGUCCACUACCACCUGGCAAGCCUAGCACUCUCUGACCUCCUCAUACUUCUCCUCAGUAUGCCCAUUGAACUAUACAACUUCAUCUGGGUUCACCAUCCAUGGGCUUUUGGUAACGUAGUGUGCAAAGGCUACUACUUCCUAAGAGACGCCUGCACUUAUGCCACUGCCCUCAAUAUCGCCAGCCUCAGUGUGGAGAGGUACAUGGCCAUUUGUCACCCCUUCAAAGCCAAAAGUAUCAUGUCCAGGAGCCGGACUAAGAAGCUCAUUACGUUUAUCUGGCUGGCAUCUCUUCUCUUGGCUACCCCCAUGAUGUUUACUAUGGGGGAAAUCUAUGGCUUAGGGGUGAACGACCCAGAUCACCUUGUCUGCACCAGGAUUGUGGAAAUGUCUUCAUUCAAGACUGUCAUUCAGGUCAACACCUUCCUCUCCUUCGUGUUUCCAAUGGUUGUUAUCUCCGUCCUGAACACUAUCAUAGCCAACCAACUCAUUAUAAUGGUGAAGCAGGCUCACCAGGAAAACCAGGUGUGCACCAUCGGUGGCCAGCAGACCGUUCUCAGCAUGUCCAUGGAACCCAGCCGCAUCCAGUCUCUAAAUCAUGGUGUCCGAGUUCUACGUGUGGUAGUAAUUGCCUUUGUUGUCUGCUGGCUCCCAUACCAUGUGAGACGUCUCAUGUUCUGCUACAUACCAGACGAACUUUGGACAGAUGAACUCCAUGACUUCUACCACUACUUCUACAUGUUGACCAACGUCCUCUUCUACGUCAGCUCCACCAUCAAUCCAAUACUCUACAACUUGGUAUCUGCAAACUUUCGACAGAUAUUUGUCUCCACCCUCAGUUUUUUAUGCCCACCAUGGAGAAGAAAGAAAAAGCACCAUGGUUUUACCAGGAAGUCCAACAGUAUCUCUAGUACCAACCAUACAUUCUCCACCCAGAUCACCAGGGAGACUCCAUACUGA